ACAUAUAUAUCUAUUACAUAGUAAAGUGUAUACAGAGUAAAAUUGCUGCAAACUGUUAAUACAAAGUUCGCAAAAUGUUAAGUUAACAUGCGAGCAAUGAAGCAGCAGCAUCAAACAAAAAAUAAAAAUAAUUUAAAAAAGAUAAUUAUUAAAAAACUACUCGCAAAAUAGGACUAAAGUACUUCAUAGGCUACAUGCUACUUAAUUGUUAUGCAGUUAACAACAAUACUCAAUCUCUAAAUGGAGCUCCACACUCUUUGUCAACUUUCUUGCCAUACGUCGUGCCCAUGUUAAGGAUAACAGAACACAGCUAAAGCAGUACGUUAUGGGAUGCAUCACUAGCACCAACAAACUGAGUGAGCUGCGACAGGAGAAUGUCUUUCGUGUGCGUGUCGCCCAUCUGCAACCGAGUGGGCCGGAGGCACCGAUUGUACGUAGUGGUUACUUGGAAUUGACGCCACGUGAAUUGAUUUUCUUGACGCCUGGCUGUGAGCCUAUUGUGUGGGCACUGCAGCACCUUCGACGGUAUGGCCUCAAUGGGGAUCUGUUCUCCUUCGAGGCUGGACGCCGUUGCAUGUCCGGACCGGGCAUCUACACGUUUCGCAUACACAAUGCCGAGCAACUUUAUCCGAUGUUUCAACGCUAUAUAAAUGCCGUAAAUACGGAUGCCUUUGCCCAAGUGGAACGGGAACGUGAACGGGAUCGCGUGAAUUCCACGCAUUCAGUUUCUGUACUUAUGGGUCGCAGCGAUGUACAGCCGCAUAGCAACAAUUAUCUGGAGCCGGCUCCAAUGCUUGCUCGCACCGCAUUGCAGUCGCAGCAGCAGCACCCAAAUGAUGUAAUUGCCUUGGCUACCGAUUCACCAGAUUCGCUGCCAAAUCUGCAGCUCGUUAAUGCUGACCAGGUCAGCAAUGGGGCACUGCAAUCGCCCAUCACACCGGGCGCCUACAUCAAUACAAAUGCCAAUGUCUACUUCGAUCAGCCGAUGCAGCGCAUACUGCAGGAGCAGAACAGCUGCAACUCACCGCUCCAGGCGACGCCCACGUCUACAAAUAGUGCACUCAGCACCAUGCGAAGGCAGCAGCACCAGCAUCAAAAUUUAGGAGAUAUGCCGCCACAGGAAUCAGCGCCGGUUCUCGCUGAAACGUUACGCCUGUAUGCAAAUGUGGAUCGUUUGCUCUUUGAUAGCGAGCGUUGCUAUGAGAACAUCAACCGGUUGGAUUUGCCCCUGCUGCCACGUGACUCUUCGCAGCAUUCGGUCGCCUCCUCAUCGCAGCAACAGCAGCAGCAGCAGCAGCUACAACAGCAGCCACAGCCUGUUACCCCAACGAGUUUGCCAGGCGUUAACUACAUCGUGCUCGACUUGGAUCAACCAAGGAGUCCGGCGCAAAGCUCACCCAAGCCACACACUAAUAGCUUUGGCAGCGGACUUUCUCUCUCUAAUACAGCGCCCCUAACGCCGGAAGGAAGUAAAGCAUCCGAUGCAACCACACUAUCACAAAACAGAAACUCCACUGCUGGAACAUGCUCAACACAAGCUGCAGAAAUUGUGGUCUCUCAAGGCUAUUCCACAAUUGACUUUAUACGCACCUACGCUUUGAACAAAUCAUCAGCAGCAGCUAACCACGAUAGCGAAUCUAACACCAGUUGCCAGCAGCAACCAGAUCACGGACAGGAGGAAGGGGAGCUACGCAACACGCGGCACAGCAAAUGUAUGCGAAAGGCUUACUCAAUAAGCGAGUAGUGUACAAGCCAAAUAGUCCUCUAACAAGUUGAAAACAAGUAGAAAGUCAGCCAAAAUACCUAUGAAAUUGACGAAUAGAAAAGGAACAGCGAAUUACCGAAUCGAAAAGGAACGAGUGGGCUCAAUGGAUAAUAAAUAAGGCCCAAACGGAUACCGAGUAGAAAGCGAACGAGCGGAGAGUGACGAGAGUGAACUAACGAGUAGAAAGUGAAGAGGAUCCCAAUUCAAUGAGUAGAAAACCAAAAACGUAACUCUUUCAAAAAGGUAGCACAACGAAUUUACCACAAAAGAAAAGAAGCUAGAUAACAAGACAAAGACAAGGGUUCAACUUAUGGCCCAAACCAAGAAAUUAUGGCCAAAUGUGUAUUUGAUUACAGAUAAGCAGUUUGUAUGCAGAGCAAAAUCACACACAA